AUACACUGGCAAACUUCAUCCCAGCUCGCAGAGAGAGAGAGAGAGAGAGAGAGAGAGAGAGAGAUCUAUCUAUCUAUCAAGAUGGCGUUGUUGGUUGAGAAAACAAGCAGUGGAAGGGAGUACAAGGUGAAGGACAUGACGCAAGCCGAUUUCGGAAGAUUGGAAAUCGAGCUGGCGGAGGUUGAAAUGCCCGGCCUCAUGUCCUCCCGCACCGAGUUCGGCCCCUCUCAACCCUUCAAGGGCGCUAGGAUCACCGGCUCCCUCCACAUGACCAUCCAAACCGCCGUCCUCAUCGAGACCCUCACCGCCCUCGGCGCCGAGGUCCGCUGGUGCUCCUGCAACAUCUUCUCCACCCAGGACCAUGCCGCCGCCGCCAUCGCCCGCGACAGCGCCUCCGUCUUCGCCUGGAAGGGUGAGACCCUCCAGGAAUACUGGUGGUGCACCGAGCGCGCCCUCGACUGGGGCCCCGGCGGCGGCCCCGAUCUCAUCGUCGACGACGGCGGCGACACCACUCUUCUCAUUCACGAGGGCGUCAAGGCCGAGGAGAUCUUUGAGAAGACCGGCCAGUUCCCCGACCCGGCUUCCUCCGACAAUGCGGAGUUCCAGAUCGUGCUGAGCAUCAUCAGGGAUGGCUUGAAGACCGAUCCCAAGAGGUACCACAAGAUGAAGGACAGAAUCGUCGGUGUCUCCGAAGAAACCACCACCGGUGUCAAGAGGCUCUACCAGAUGCAGGCCAAUGGCUCCCUCUUGUUCCCUGCCAUCAACGUCAAUGACUCGGUCACCAAGAGCAAGUUUGAUAACUUGUAUGGAUGCCGUCACUCGCUUCCCGAUGGACUGAUGAGAGCCACUGAUGUGAUGAUUGCCGGAAAGGUAGCUGUUGUGUGUGGCUACGGAGACGUUGGCAAGGGUUGUGCUUCGGCCAUGAAGCAAGCCGGGGCUCGUGUCAUUGUCACCGAGAUUGAUCCCAUUUGUGCCCUUCAGGCUCUAAUGGAGGGUCUUCAGGUUCUCACCCUGGAAGAUGUUGUCUCCGAGGCCGACAUCUUCGUCACCACCACAGGGAACAAGGACAUUAUCAUGCUUGACCACAUGAAGAAGAUGAAGAACAAUGCCAUCGUGUGCAACAUUGGCCACUUCGACAACGAAAUCGACAUGCUGGGGCUUGAGACCUGCCCUGGUGUGAAGCGCAUCAACAUCAAGCCUCAAACAGACAGAUGGGUUUUCCCCGAUACCAAGAGGGGGAUCAUCGUGUUGGCAGAGGGUCGUUUGAUGAACUUGGGGUGUGCCACGGGACACCCCAGCUUUGUGAUGUCGUGCUCCUUCACCAACCAGGUCAUUGCUCAGCUUGAAUUGUGGAAAGAGAAGGGUUCUGGGAAGUAUGAGAAGAAGGUGUAUGUGUUGCCCAAGCACCUUGACGAGAAAGUGGCUUCUCUCCACCUUGGCCAGCUUGGAGCUAGGCUCACCAAGCUUUCCAAAGACCAAGCUGAUUACAUCAGUGUGCCUGUUGAGGGUCCAUACAAGCCUGCUCACUACAGGUACUGAUCCAUCCUAUUGGGGGAGAAUAAACCUAACUAUCCUAUCAAUUCCCGAGGCGUCAUUGUUACACUUUCCUUUUUGGAUUUUUCCCAUUACAAUUUACAUUUGUGGUAGCAUAGGAGCUUCUUUUUUCUUUUUUUAGUAGGAUCACAAUGCCAUUGGGCUGAAGGUUAAGACCAAAAUUACUCAUUGCUUUCAAUAAGGCUUUGGCUGCGGCUGUCUGGGUUAUGAUUUAGCAGCUUUCAUAUUAAUUUGUUCCUUUCCAUCUUUGAUAUCCGAAACAUAAUAAGCAAAAAAAUAUUGUUUUUUAUUUCA